CCGUGCAUAAGGGGGCGCCGCUCUAUAGCGUAAUCCCUGGGAAUCCUGAUCCAGUGGGAAACCAUUCUCUUGAUCCCUGCUUUACUGGGAUCACCAGCCUAUUGAGUCCCAGGAGAAGCAAAACAAAAAAAGCAUUUAUUUUCGCAACUGAUCGCAUUCAUCUUCGGCAACACAGCAAUGGACAGCGUGCGGUAAGAGCAGACAAUGAAGGGAGCUUCCAGUAGCCGGGUAAAUCUGCCAUGCAUAAUUGCAAGAAAAAGAAAAGAAUGGGUUUAUAUUUCUGAUGUCUGGCGAUCGAUUCAUUUCUGUUUCAACGAAGGUCUGGACCCCAGAGUUUCUUAGCCGCUACCUAUGAGGACAGGAGAAAGACUGCGUUAUUCCAUGUGGUUCGAAAACAAAUGCAGACUAUGCUGGAACCAGUGGCUACAGCCCGCUUCCUCUGCUCCCAGUGCUACUAUAUUUCAGCGGAAAGCCAGCAUAUCCUCUCGUUCCUCUUAUCUUUUUGCCAAUAUGCUGCCUCGUCUUCCUGCUGCUUCCUGCCGUUUGUGACAUGACAAUAAGGAGGAGGAAAAAAUUUUGAAAAGGGACUAGCCUGGAACGAAUGACGAAUUCAAACAGAAAAUCAAAUCCGAAGACAAACGACAGUGUCUAAAUUACCGCGUCCGGCAAGAUCGACUCGUGCCAGUGCUGAAUAUUGCCCAGCCUCUAUUUCCCAACCCUUUGCUUUUUAUAAACUAUAUAUAAAUCUCUUCAUAUAGUUUAACCCUGGAACGAUGGGCUGCAUUCAGAGUAUAACUUGUAAAUCAAGAAUACGGCGAGAGAAUAUUGUGGUGUAUGACGUUUCUGCAACGAUUGAUCAAUGCCCAACUAUAAUAGAAGAAAAUUCCCCUAUUGUUUUACGGUACAAGACACCAUACUUCAAGGCGUCCGCUCGGGUGGUGAUGCCUCCCAUCCCUAGGAAUGAAACAUGGGUGGUUGGAUGGAUUCAAGCUUGCAACCAAAUGGAAUUUUUCAACACUUACAGCGACCUCGGAAUGUCCAGCUGGGAACUUCCUGACCUGCGGGAAGGAAGGGUUAAAGCUAUCAGUGAUUCUGAUGGAGUGAGCUAUCCAUGGUACGGCAAUACGACAGAAACAGUGACACUGGUUGGCCCUAUAAACAGGGUGUCCCGGUUCUCAGUCAGUAUGAAUGAUAAUUUUUACCCAAGUGUGACAUGGGCGGUUCCUGUGAGUGAAAGCAAUGUGUCACAACUAACCAGGAUUAAAAGAGACCAAAGUUUUACCACUUGGCUGGUAGCCAUGAACACGGUCAGCAAAGAAAAGAUUAUACUUCAGACAAUCAAAUGGAGAAUGCGUGUUGACAUAGAGGUUGACCCCACAAACCCAUUAGGAUACCGUGCAAAGCUUGUCGGAAGGACACAGCAGGAACAGCCUCGGAUAUUAGCUAGGAUGGAGCCGAUGCCUCCAAAUGCCUUGGUGAAACCCAAUGCAAACGAUGCCCAGGUUUUAAUGUGGAGACCUAAACGUGGUAUACCUCUAGUUGUCAUACCUCCAAAAUAAUAAUGCAGGCUGCAGCUCUUCAAGAAAUCUUAGAAGGACCUAAUUUUUUAUACAUCUCCUAUUUCAUCCAGCAGCAACAAAUGAACAAGGUUGGAUUUUAAUUAUUUUGAUAUGUAAGUUAUGCACUUUUUAGAGGAAGGGAAUGAAAUCUUGGUUCAGUUGUAUAUCACGGGAUCUUGCUUGGCUGUUUACAGAAGUCAUUCCAUUGUACAUCCAUUUGUGGUUACAUUUAGUUUGUGUGUGAGUGUGUGUGCACGCGCGUCUGUGUGUUUGUAUGCGCGUGUUCGUUUUGAUAAGGCAAAGUUCUCAGUCCAGAUGAACUGACCGUGGUGCUGAAAUUGAGAAGAGAAGGUUACAAUAUUUUAUAAUCACAAAGGAAUUGGGUUGGGGCUAGCUUGUGUUGCUCCAUGUGCCAACUUCAGUUGGAAGAUGCUUCCUCCUCUUGUACUUAAGUACAGUUCAAUCAAUUGAUUGAUAAUCUUUCUGCAUGCACUUCCUAUUAAGGAAAUUAGUGGUUUGGAAUAUCUAUGUCCAUUCAAAUCUGUGUGUUUUGAGGAAUUUCAAGCCUUUAUCACAAGAAUUAUAGUCAAUUGAAUUUUAUUUUAACAUUGCAACAUUUUUCUUUGGAUUUUUUUUGGGGUCAGCAUUGAAACUUUGAAGAAAUAAGACUGAAAAAAGCUCCUAUUUGGUGUUCUGCAUUUAUUUUGCUGUGAACGUUUUUCAAGCAUUAGGUGCCAAUGUGACCGGGAUCUUAACAAACUGUACCAUAGGUCUUGGGAAUCUUAACCGAAGAAAUCAUCACAACAUCCACUCCUUUUACCUCGGCGCAAAUAACAAGGCUGCUUUUGCAUAUGCCGGCACAGUACUGAAUGCAGUUGUUUGCUUGUAGGAUUUCUGCCAGAUUAUGCAAUUGUUCUGAAGAUUUCCAACUUAACUUGGGAAGACUUAAGAGUUUUCAGAAAAUGUACUAUUUUUUUGAUCUUCUAACAUCCAAAUUCUUUGUCAGAUGUUUGUAUAAAGAUAGUUAUUUAAGAUGGUCCCUCACUGUAACUUUGGCACUUUUGAAGAAAUAACAAUGGUCUGAUGAUAAAUCACUUGUAGUACAUGUAAUGAUGCUGGUUGUUCAACCACACGUUAAUAAGAUAAGUUGUUGCCUGUAUUCUGACUGGACAAUAAGUAGCCAUAAACACGCACAUUAAUGGAUUUGUUCUAUGUUUGUAUGUAUAAAUAACUAUUCAUAAAAGAAUGAAGUGGGGACCUAGAUGAGCAGAGUGACAAUGUGUCAAAGCCAGCUCCUGCCAUCUCAGUCUGCUUCCCAGCUUUGGUUAGAUCCCAAAUGAAUUGAGUGUGUAAUUAAAAUGAAAUAUAAAACAAUGCCAGGCAAUGGAGAAUGAACAAGAGAGAGGCACUAAUUAGUAGCUCUUUCAGAGAGCAAGCGCCUUGAGCCCAAAAGACCUUCCUUUGUGCUGUGUAAUUGGUUCAACUUAAAUUCAGGAAUCAAGAUCAUUAUAUUAAAAAUUUCAUUUAUAAUUUUCCAUGAGAAUAUCGUCAAAUUGUACUAAACAUCUGAAUGUUAUGCAAAUUGUGUUUUAUUUAUAUUGCACUUUUAUGUCACAUUUUUAAAAUGAGCUUUUUUGAUUAAUUGCAACUUGAGACCAUGAUUUUGAACUUGACUGGGAGGAUGCUGUAAUACCCGGGGAAAAAUGAACUGAUUUGUUGUGUUGCUGAACUUGGCUCUGCUGUGUGCCUUAUAUACAAUGAGAUCUGUAGCAUACCUGGCUCUCCUUAGAGCACAGAUGUCUGGCAGAUGUUUGGCUUACUAAUUUGUUACUUGAACGUUGAAGGGUGACAAGCUGUUGGUUGGUGGAUUGCAUGCAUUUCUGAAACUGAGAAAUUUGCACUUUGAUUUUGUUCAUUUAUACUGGAAUAUGACA